AGCAAGAUCUUUGAAAAUGUCGCGCUUCAUCAGCAUUUCAGAGCCUUCCAAAAACCCUAGAAGCCGUACGGAAGAGAGAGGUGGGAACAGAACUGCCAUUCUACCUACCUUCCAGGAACUCGUGGCGCGGGAGUCGCUCAAGAAGGUCUCGCUGUGGUUCGAAUCGUGGCGGGACUGGCAGCGCCGCGUCUUUGUCUGCCGGGUCAUGGAGGGGAGCAGCAGGGGCCAGCUCCGAGUCCUGGCAACCGUUCUCGAGCCCGUUCUACACAUCGACUUCUCCAGUUCCCUCGUCCCGCACCUCGCCUCCCUCCACGUGGACGGCUCCGCCACCUUCCAGGUACAGCGAGGGGUACUGCGGAGAGUUCUCUGCGAACCUGAGUGGCCGGAGCGGGAGACCAGCACCUGCGCUCACCUGCCCUCCCUUCCGACUACCUUAGCCAGCUCAGAGACCGGCAAAUAUGACGGUGGGUCGGUGACUUGCGACGAGACGGGUCGGUUGACAGUUGGGGAAGAAAAGAACGAGAUUCUGCGUCCCGCACUUCCUCUCACGCACCCACAACACGCUCAGAUAUCCCAAAACUCGAGUCUAGAGGAAACGUUGGGGCUGCGUCACACCCGUUUCAGCUCAGUACCAGAUUUCCAGUCCACUACUAACCUCCUGCGAGACGUAAAACGCAAAGACCUGCUCAGACCACGACACCAUAAGAGGUCACGGUCUCUCGGCUCGUACCACCGCCUCACUAAAUCAAGAACAAGCCAUCAUCAGAAGCAGCAAGAGGCUGAAAAGUUCAAGAUUCAGCUUGCAUCUGUGUCUGAGUGGAUGUCGGUGUGGCCUGAAAAGCUGAAGUCUCAACUGUUGCUGGAACUAGUCAAACUGUGCAACAAUGAAUUGCUGGCCUACUUUGUCCAAUGUCUCUAUCAACGACUUCAAGAGCAGAUUGGACUGGACUCUCUGUCAGAUUCACUAAUUCUCAAGAUCUUCUCUUACCUGGACCCUGUGAUGCUGUGCCGAUGUGCUCAGGUGUGCCAAAGAUGGAAUAACAUCUCAAACUCAGCGUGGCUGUGGGAGGAGCACUGCCGUGACCUGGGGAGGAGGGAGGGUGUGGGUGAUCUGGUGACUCCGGUGAGGAGUGUGUGUGGGCAGAGGGAGGGUGGAGUGGUCGACUGGAAACUCGCCUACAAGGAACUCACCAGUGUGAUAGCUCAAAUCAGGCAACUGGUGCUUAAUACAGUAGCAGAAAAGGAGAAAAGGGAGAGAGAAAUGGAAGAAAGAAAAGCUGCUGUGUGUAUGACAAAAACAGCUCUUAGAGCUCGCCUCUCUCUCAGGGAGAUGAUAGACCUUGCGAGAACUCACUCCCACACGCCGCUCUCCACCAUCCAAGAAGUGCUUGGGUCUGCCCCUGAGAGCCCCACCACAGUUCGCAGGAGGCACAGGAGAGAGAGGCAGGCAAUGGAGGAAGAGAGACUCAGACAAGAGUCUGAGAGAGCUCUCUCCAGUAGAUACCAGCACCGCAGACCUUACGACCGCAGUAACCCCAGCUCAAGGAUGGAGGGUCUUAUUGUAGCAGAAGAGGAGUCCCGCAGAUCAGUCCACCACCCACACAGAUCAACUUCACCGGACAUCAUCGACCUCAUACAAGAAGCACAGGACCGUCGCUCUGGCCUCCGCUACCUGCCCAAUCCUGAUGGUGUUAGGUGUCUAGUGUUGGCUGGAUGUCUGCUGGCCGACCAGCCACACAAACCCGGGAAAACAGCACCAAUUCCGAGACUCAGGAGACUCCCACCUCUGUACUCAACAGUACUCUGUCUGCAGUGUGACCAGAAGAAAAUUGUGUGUGGAACUCAGAACAGAGAAAUAGACAUCUUUGACAUUCGCUCGGGGCGACAUGUGAGCACACUCACGGGACACAAGGGCAGUGUCCAGUGCUUGCAGUUCGAUGAAAAUAAGAUUGUCUCGGGAUCUUGGGACUCUACUUGCAUAGUAUGGGAUGUCGUUCAUGGCUCAGUGAUUCAGGAACUAGCGGGACACACUGGCUGUGUCUCUUGCCUGCAGUUCUGCGACGAAAAGCUAGUCACUGGAUCUCUUGACAAGAGUCUGCGUGUCUGGAGCACAUCCACAUGGGAAUGUAUCGCUGUCAUUUCACAGGCGCACAAUGGACCAGUGACGUGUUUAGCAUUUGAUGGCUCAAUCAUUGCAAGUGGAGGACACGAUAGGUGUGCGAAGCUCUGGUCACCAACCACAUACAAACUCCUUGCCAGUCUUCCCCAUCCUACCCCACUCACCUCCCUCCUGGUCUCCAAACUCCUCCUGGUGUCUGCAUGCCAGUCUGGCAGGAUCAAACUAUGGAGUCUCACUCCUUACACCUCAACUACCAGGGGAAUAUCUCGUUCCUCUCGAACCUUGCUCCCCGCCAGCCCAGAGGGAGUGGACUCUCUGGUGACCCACUGGCAGCUGGAGGACGGUGUCUACCUCACUCACAUGGUCCUGGAGGGAGACAAGAUUUUUGCAUGUGGAAGAGAACUGAAUGUGCAGUAUCCUCUUCCAGAGUUCAAUCAUUUGAAGAGGGUAAAGGGAGGAGAAAUCCCGAGGGUGCUGGUGUGUAGAUUGGAGUCACAGAAUGAGGAUGAGCAGAAGAGAUCCACUGCUCAACUAGAGAGCCUCCAUCUGAGGGGACUCGGGGUAACCUCCGUGGUGUGGGUACCCCGACUCCAGCCCAUUACCAGAACCCAAUACAACAGAGCCUCUGGGGCCUGGCCAACACACUUCCACGAAGACAAAGUGCUUGAAAAGGCACUCAGACAAGACAUGUUUUCACCACAAGAGCUGUGUGACAUCAGAAAAUUCAUGGAGACUGCUCUUGCUCUUCAUAAAACCUCUGGAAAUGAUGAGUUCUCUUCGAGUGUGAUUCUCGUUGAUCCCGACACGAAACAGGUGAUUGCACAGGCCACCACAGACACUUCCCACCCACUGAAGCAUGCCACGAUGCUCUGUCUGGACCAGUUGGCAUCAGUCCGGGGUGGAGGGGCAUGGGACAAGAAGGACCCACCUCUUUCUAGAGAGGGGGGACUACAGAAGGAGGGGGAGAAAGGUGUGGCCACUGAGAGAGGAGAUUGUCCUCCAGCCAAACGUCCCAAGCUCCAGUAUCUCUGUACUGGCUGUGACGCCUACUGUUCAGCUGAGCCCUGCAUCAUUCUGGCCUACAACUAG